UCAUUUUCAAAUCUGGAAACACCGGCGACCCGCCACGUUUCGCCAGUCUUGUUAGUUGUCCACUCGUCUGUAAUUUUUAGCUUCUUAUACGUUUAGGAUCGUAACAGAGUAAUAUAUAUCAAAAAUGAGUGCUCCAGCACCUUCGCCUGCUUACAAAAUCGGAAUAGUGAAGCAGGUAUUAUCAGGAGAUACAGUGGUCAUAAGAAGACAGCCCCAGGGCGGCCCGCCCCCCGAGAAAGUGAUUGCUCUCUCUGGCAUCACUGCACCAAAGUUAGCCCGCCAAAGGCCAGCUAACAACGAUGUCGAGACCAAAGAUGAACCUUUUGCUUGGGAAGCACGUGAGUUCCUCAGGAAGAAACUCGUUGGCAAAGAAGUAAUCUUUACUGCUGAGAAACCUCCCAACUCUGCCACUAGAGAGUAUGGCUCUGUUUGGGCUGGCAAAGACCCUACUAAAGAUGAAAAUGUAACCGAAGGCUUGCUCGCUGAAGGGCUUGCUAAGGUUAGAGAUGGGGGCCGUAAUAUUCCCCAGCUGAAGAGACUAGUUGAAAUUGAAGAUGUUGCUAAAUCACAAGGGAAAGGCAUCUGGGGCUCUGAUCUUCAGGAUCAUGUUCGUGACAUCAAAUGGAGCGUUGAGAAUCCUAAGGCGUUUGUUAACAGGCACAAUGGGCAGCCAAUCAAGGCUAUCAUAGAAUAUGUACGUGAUGGAUCCACGGUCAGACUGUGUCUUUUGCCUGAUUUUAACCAAAUCACGCUGAUGCUAUCAGGAAUAAGGUGCCCUGCUGUAAAGCAAGAUGGUGAUUCAGAACCUUACGCUGAGGAAGCCCGAUUCUUCCUUGAAUCCAAGCUUCUACAGAAAGAUGUGGAAGUCAUCCUUGAAUCAGUAAACAACAACAACUUUGUCGGCACGAUUCUGCACCCUCAAGGAAACAUUGCAGAAGCACUCCUGAGACAAGGAUUUGCGAAAUGCGUUGACUGGUCAUUGGCAGUAAUGAAAUCAGGUGCGUCCACUCUGAGAGCUGCCGAGCGCGCGGCCAAAGACUCCAAGCUGCGAAUCUGGACCAACUACACCAGCACGGCCCCUAUCAUCGCGGCGAAGGACAAGGAGUUCACCGCCACCGUCACGGAAGUCGUCAACGGCGACGCCCUCGUCGUGAGGAUGCCCAAUAACGCCACCAAGAAAAUCUUUCUGGCCAGCAUCAGACCACCACGUGAAAAGAACAGCCCCGAUGAGGAAGGCAAGCAAUCUCCCAGGCCGAAAGGAUUCAAGCCUCUGUACGACAUCCCGUGGAUGUUCGAAGCCCGCGAGUCUCUCCGAAAGAAGCUCGUCGGCAAGAAGGUCAACGUCACCGUGGACUACAUCCAACCGGCCAAGGACAACUUCCCGGAGAAGUCUUGCUGUACUGUCAUGGCUGGUGGACAGAACAUUGCCGAGCUACUGGUGAGCAAAGGCUUCGCUACAGUCGUGAGGUACAGGAACGACAACGACCAGAGAAGCUCGCACUACGACAAACUCCUGGAGGCCGAACUGAAAGCCCAGAAGGCCGGCAUCGGCGUGCACGCCAAGAAAGACAUUCCCGCCCACCGCAUCCAGGACACCAGCGGCGACUCCGCCAAGGCGAAGAAGUUCUUCCCCUUCCUGAAGAGAGCUCAAAAGACUGAAGCGACAGUUGAAUUUGUUGCGAGCGGUUCGCGCAUGAGGCUGUACAUUCCUAAGGAGUCUGUGCUCGUGACUUUCCUUCUGGCCGGCAUCAACUGCCCGCGGGGGUCGCGGCCCGGCGUCGGCGGCGGGCCCAUGCAGGCCGCCGAGCCCUUCGGCGAAGAGGCGCUCGCCUUCACCAAGGAGAAGUGCCUGCAGCACGACGUCAUCGUCACCAUCGAGGAGAUGGACAAGGCCGGCAACUUCAUCGGCUGGCUCUGGGUGGACAACGAGAAUCUGUCCGUCUCCCUGGUGGAGCACGGCCUGGCGUCCAUGCACCACACCGCCGAGGCAUCGGAGUUCGCGCGCGCCAUCAAGAACGCGGAGGAAAGCGCCAUCAAGAAGCGCAUCGGCGUCUGGAGGGACUUCGUGGAAAUCGAAAAGGAAACUGAAAAGGAAAGGAACCAACCGAUCCAGGAUCGCGUCGUCAAGUACGAGAAAGUGUUCAUCACUGAAAUCACUGCGGAGGGUCACUUCUACGCUCAGAACGUAGACUUGGGCACGAAAUUGGAGACCUUGAUGGAAAAGAUUCACCAGGAUUUCAAGUCGAACGCCCCACUGCCCGGGUCCUACAUGCCCCGACGGGGACAAAUUUGCGCAGCGCGCUUCUCAUUGGACGACCAGUGGUACAGGGCUAAGGUUGAGAAGCUGACUGACGACAAAAAAGCGCACAUAUUCUACAUCGACUAUGGAAACCGUGAGGUUGUGAGCGUGACCCGCCUGGCUCCGCUCCCGCCAGGCACUGAGAGCGAGCCAGCCUACGCCAGCGAGUUCCAGCUGUGUUGCGUCAAGUUCCCAUCCGACCCCGACGAGCGGGCGGAGGCGGUGGCGGCUUUCGGCGCCGACACGCUUAACAAGAAACUGCUCAUGAACAUCGAGACGCGUGGAGCCCCGCCGUCCGUCACCCUCGUCGACCCCGCCACCAAUACUGAUCUUGGCAAGAACCUGAUCAAGGAGGGCCUGGUGCUGAUGGAGUUUGUGCGCGACCACCGGCUCAUGGCGAUGGUGGCGGAGUACCGCGCGGCGCAGGACCACGCCAAGAGUUCGCGCCUCAACCUGUGGCGGCACGGGGACAUCACCGACGACGACGCCGUGGAGUUCGGAGCGCGCCGCUAGCGCCAGCCGACGCGGGUCGACGCCACCGAUUCCACGUCACAUCUCACCUGUGCCACUUGCGCGUCACCACACAUGGAAUCAGUCGUAUUCGCAAUCCUCAACGUUAUCCAGGGCUAAAGCAACUCCCCAUCUCAACUCUCCCUUCUCAGAAAUGAAACUAUAAUUAUUACUAUUCUAAGGGCUUGCUGUGUAAAAAGCAACGUUAUGUGUCUAUUAGAACUACAGUAAAAUAUAUUCUUCAUCAUAUAUUUAAAUGUAACACAACAGGGUUUAUCCAUAGCCUUGUUGUAUUAGUUUUUCAUUUCUGAAAAGAGAUCUACUGUCGUGGUUUGCUUUGUGAAGGUAUGCAACAGACUUUGAAAUAUAAAUCAUGCAUUAUUUAAUGAAUUUUUAAACGUAGUGAAUUGUGUGUCGGAUAUAUGAAUU